AUGGCUUGUUGUAAAAAAAUUACAAGUGCGAAAGCUCUCUUCGGGUUUUUUAACACUUUAUUUUUCGUGAGUGGUUUCCUGAAAGUGGUAUGUGGGUUCAUGUUACUGUGCGACUCGCAAAGGGUGCUUUUGUCCCUUCUCCUGGUGUCUCCGGAAGAAGAGUUGGAACAGCCACCUUUCUACUACCUAGCGCUGGCGUUAUUAGCGGCCGGGCUUGUGGUCUGCGCGACCGCCGCUUUGGGCUGUUGGGCGACUUAUAUGCCUGGAUACGUUAUACUUACUUUGUACUUCCUGCUCGUCCUUUCGCUUUUAAUGUGCGAAUGCGCGGGCGGCGUGAUAGCUGCGGUUUGGCCGCGGUGUCUGGGGCUGCAGAACGCGCACGGCGGCGCCGUGGGGGCGCUGCAGUCAUACUACGCGCUGCCAGACUAUGAACAGUUCACUGCCGCCGUAGACCUAGCACAGACACAGUUGGAGUGUUGUGGCAUGUCUGACGCCCACAACUACGACAUGUCCGCGUGGCAGCUAAGACGGCUCGGCCCUCGCGGGCUCGCCGUGCCGCCCUCCUGCUGCGUACAGAGUACGCCCGCCUCCCACCUCAGCCCCGCGCCUGCCGACCCCGCGCGCUGCCAGGAGGUGCAGCCGGAGCCCCGCUACCGACACAUGCCCGGUUGCCUCUCCCUUCUGGAAGACUGGUAUCAACAGCAAUAUUUCAUCUUUAUGUUGGCACUUUUCAUAGCGGCUCUCAUAAAAUUUGGCAUCCUAUUAAGUACUGUGUUUUCCUGCAUUCGAAUAAAAAAACGUAGGCGAAACAUUCACGCUUAUGUGAUGAAAACUAUAGACAACAACACAAACCAGAACAUUUACGAGAGCAAAAUGAGCGCACUGCACGAAGAACCGAUAACAGCAAGAUAUAUUCAACCGAAUAACUUUUACAGCCCUCGCGUGCGCAACCCCAGAAUCUUCCACAGUAAACCUAAUGAAAUGAUAUGA